GUUGGAAAUGUAAAAGAAACCAACGACUCUUCCCUCUUCGCUCUUCUUCCUUUUAUUGUUGUCUCUUGUCAUCUUUACUGAACAAAGUACACUUCUGAGAUGGAUAAAUGAUAAACCCAUAUCCUCAAAUUCCAGUCGCUUACUCUCGUAAAUCUUUGGAAACUCCUUCAGGAGCAUAAGAUUUGAAGGGACACAUUUGGGUUGAAAGAGAUAACAAACAGAACUUUAGAGAUUCAAGGCACUUUGGAAAUAAAACAAACAAAAUAAGUUUUUUUUUUUUUUUCCCAAUUUGCUGGCCAAACUGUACACAGAAGUAGCAGAAGUGCGGUGAAUUCCAUCCAUAUUUCCCUCUUCUCUCCGCUGCCGCUUUUCUGUCUACUGCGUGAAGGGCCAAAAUGCUUUCACAUUCUGUGAUGGCAGCAGGAGCAGGAGCUUUAUCAUGCCUGCCAAUAAACCACAAAAUUGGCGGAAAGAUACCCUUUAACCUUCAGCUUAUAAAUAAUCAUCAAAGGACUCUGAAAUUUGGGAUGGUGGUGAGAGCAGGUGGAUACACUAGGGUGGCUUUGGACACACCUGGGGCUUAUCAGCUUAUCAAUAAUGAAACUGGAGAGAAAUUUAUUGUAUGGGGUGGCGAGGAAAAUGAGCCUCCUGACUCUCCUAUUCCCCCCGAGCAGGUUCUUUCUUGGAAACCUGUUUCAAAUAGAAGUAAUAGAGGAGAUUCAGAUGGCAAUACAGGUUUUUGCAAUUAUUUUUCCCUCUUUUCUAUUUCUUUAAGUCGAAUCUUUACUCACAUAUUACUGAAUUUAUUGGGAUUACUGUUAGCAUUGAGUUUCUUAGAGGAAGGAGUAUAUUUUAUUAAUGAAAUAAUGAUAAACGAAAAAGGAAGGAGAAUCGAAUUCUGUAUGUUUGAAUUAAUAAUUCACGGAAGUAAUUAGGUGGUAGAUUACAAGUGGUGUUGUGUCCUGAAGAAAGCUCCAAUGUUUAGUUUAAGUUGAGCAGAUGUAAUGGUAGCUUAAUGGGAUGAUAUCAGUCAGUUUGAAGAUAUUUUACUUCCUUCAAAGUGUAUCAACUGGGGGUUGCAAUUUCUUCUUUUGUGCUUCAAGGUAGAAAGGAAGACAAAUAGACUAUUGGACAGGUGAACACGACAGUGUCUGUUGCAAUAUACUUUAUGCAGAAGAAAAUGUUGAUCAUAAGAAUUGCUAUAAACUGGUUGUCAGGUUUCGAGUUUAGAUUUGCCAACUUUUUCGGCUGUGUUAAGAGUUUUUGUUGUUCUGAUAUAGAUUGUUGAAUAAGGACAAAACUCAAGCACGGUCAUCACCUGAUAUAAAUUUGGAGUAUCAUGUCUACUCUUAGUUUGUUGAUUAAUGUAUUUCUGGUCUCAAGCCUGGAAUUCUCAAUUUCAAAAACCCGAGAUGAAGAGGGUUGUCUCAGGUUUACAGCGUGCAUAAGACUUUUUCUUUCUCCUGCUAACUUUGUUGUUUUUAUGGCUGUUGAUAAGGACAUAUCCUCAUAGAAGCUGCAAAGUCCAUUCGCCUCUCUGAGGGGCCUGAUGAUUUGUUCAUGUGAUUGUGUGUUAAAUUUUCUCUAGCAUUGAGAAUCGGAUUCUGCUUAAUAUUGAAAAAUGUUGUUUUUGAGGUCAACAUAUGUGGGUAUCAGGUCUACAUCCUCAUAACUAAAAAACAAAAGUAGAGAAUGUAUGGGAAACAAUAGAGACCACUUUGUGAAUUUCAUCUUUGCCUUACCGGCUGUCUAGCUAGGUUACACGGAGAUCUAGUAUUCAAAUUGUAGUUUUCCUUCCGUUUAAAUGUAUCUGCUACUCAUUAAUUGCUUGAAGUUGAAUCAUUUGGUAUGAUUAUGUGGUGUUAGAUAGAUGCUGAUGUUAGAUUCUUGCAGUAUCACAAUUAUAAAUCUUUUCUUCUUUUGCUGUUAAAUACUCGAGUUGCCAUAAUCCAUUGGUAAAUCACUAAAGUGAUCACAAUCAUUUGGAAGACUCUUCAAUGGCAGAUUGAUUGACUGCUGUAAUAUUUCUGAAUACUUUCUUAAUUGGGUUUUUGAUUGUGUGAGUGAUUGAACUACAGGUAGUGGAGAACCUACUAGAAGUUUUGGCAGAUUGAAAGCUCAAAGAGUAAAAGAUCUUGCCAGAAGAAUCCAUAAAAAGAUUCAAGAAACCAGUGACCUUGAUUAUGUAGAACAGAAUACAGACAAUAGAUAUAGUCAAGAAACCAGAGAUGUGAUGCAAAAAGUAUCAAAUAGGGGCAAGGAUGACAUAGAUCGAUUUCCAAAAAACCGAGUUGCAUCAACAAAAAACCAAUUCUCUGACAUUGCAUCCCCGGGAGUAGAAACCUCUGCUUCAAGAGGAUCUUCCAACCCCUUAAGAGGAUGGGGAAAUGCAGAGCCAAGGGACAUAUAUAGGCAGGACGACAUUUCCCGGAAAAGGAAGAAUUUAAAGGAUAGUGGUAUUUUCUUCAGUAGAAAAUCCUUCAAGGAUAUAGGAUGCAGCAACUAUCUGAUCGAAACGUUGAGGGGCCUGCUUUUUCUACGCCCCUCUAAUAUUCAGGCCAUGGCAUUUGGACCUGUUGUUGAGGGUAAGAGCUGCAUAGUCGCUGAUCAAAGUGGGUCAGGAAAAACUUUGGCUUAUCUCUUGCCAAUUGUUCAACGUCUUAGAGAGGAAGAGCUCCAAGGAGUUAGCAAGCCAGUGCCAAACAAUCCACGGGUUGUUGUACUGGUUCCUACCGCUGAGUUGGCAUCGCAGGUAUUAAGUAUCUGCCGAUCAAUAUCCAAGAUGGGUGUUCCAUUCCGGUCUAUGGUUGCAACAGGUGGAUUCCGCCAGAAGACUCAACUAGAGAGUCUAAAACAAGAGCUAGAUGUUUUAAUAGCUACUCCUGGAAGAUUUAUGUUUCUAAUGAAAGGAGGGUUCCUGCAGCUAUCGAAUCUCAAAUGUGCUGUACUUGAUGAGGUAGACAUACUGUUUAAUGAUGAAGACUUUGAGCUUUCAUUGCAAUCUCUGAUGAACAACUCGCCCAUUGUGACACAAUAUUUGUUUGUGACGGCAACUUUGCCUGUUGAUAUAUAUAACAAACUGGUUGAGGCUUUUCCUGAUUGCGAUGUUAUAAUGGGACCUGGAAUGCACCGUACUAGUCCCGGCCUUGAAGAGAUUCUCAUAGAUUGCAGUGGUGAUGACACUGUAGAGAAAUCUCCCGAAACGGCUUUCACCAACAAGAAAAAUGCUCUGUUGCAAUUAUUGGAGGAAGAUCCAGUGACUAAAACUAUUAUCUUCUGUAACAAAAUAGAGACAUGUAGAAAAGUUGAAAAUGUGCUUAAACGAUCUGAUCGAAAAGGAUCUAUGAUUAGAGUAUUGCCGUUCCAUGCUGCUCUGGAUCAAGAAACACGGCUCGCAAACAUGACAGAGUUUCGUGGCUCUGUUAAGGAUAAUACAUCUUUAUUCUUGGUGUGCACCGACAGGGCAUCCAGGGGAAUUGACUUUGCAGGCGUGGAUCAUGUAGUGCUCUUUGAUUUUCCUCGUGAUCCAAGCGAGUAUGUGCGUCGUGUUGGGAGGACCGCCAGAGGCGCCGGCGGGAAAGGGAAAGCUUUCAUUUUUGUGGUUGGUAAACAAGUUUCUCUUGCACGUCGGAUAAUUGAAAGAAAUAAGAAAGGACAUCCUCUGCAUGAUGUGCCUUCUGCGUAUGAAUUGAUGGGUUAGACAAACACAUAUGCAGUACAAAGGCAUUAUCAUCGACCUUGUGUAAAAUAACACGCUGACUGGAAAUUUUGUGGACAAUGACAAGUUAGGAAAUAGUUAAUUGGCAUUUCCUUCCGUCCCAAAAACAUAGUAUCCUAUAUUUUGUUGUAGUAACGUAGUUUAUGCAGCUGAUAUGAAUUUCUCUAUAGCCCAAAUGGUAUUACUAUUGUUCAAGAAGCAUCUUCUACCAGUGUACAAAAACUGCAAAAUAUCUUAAACGAAUACAUAUCACACUCGAAUUAUUUCUUUUAAAAUGACAAUUGUGUUUAACAUUCCAU